UACAUUCAAGUAGUUUCAGUGAUGCAUAAUAACACGCCUCUUCGAUGCCCUGGCACCUACAAGCCAAGCAUAUGGAGUUACGAUUUUGUUCAGUCCUUGAAGAUUGAUGACAACCCCCUGCAGGACAAAGUAUACAAAGAUGGGUGGAAGUUCCUAGAGGAGAAAGUGAAGCAUAUGAUUGAUUACAAUGAAAAUGAUGAUAAUGAUAUCAACACGCUGACUACACUUGAGUUCAUUGAUGAUAUCCAACGGUUAGGUUUGGGAUAUCACUUUGAAAAUGACAUAAGAAUAGCCCUUAAUAAAAUAUUGAACAAUAGUGAUGGCCAAGGAACAUACCAGAGUCUCCACCUCACCGCUCUCAGCUUCAGGCUCCUUAGACAACAUGGGUUUCAGGUCUCCCAAGAUGUAUUUAGAAGAUUCACGGACGAUAAUGGAAGUUUCAAGGCAUGGCUUUGCAAGGAUGUAAAAGGAAUGUUGAGUCUGUAUGAAGCUUCAUAUUUUGCUUUCGAAGGAGAGAGCCUCUUGGAUGAGGGCCUUGCAUUCUCAACAAAUUACCUCAAGAACCUCAGUGGACUUAAUGUUACCAAUGGACUAGGAGAACAAGUGAGUCAUGCACUGGAACUUCCACUGCACCAUAGAAUGCAAAGAUUAGAAUCUAGAUGGUAUAUUGAGGCAUACAGUAAAAGGCCAGAUGCAAAUAAGGUGCUACUUGAAAUUGCCAAGCGAGAUUUUAACAGGGUGCAAUGCACACUCCAAAGGGAUCUUCAAGAAGUAUCAAGGUGGUGGGUGGAUAUGGGCUUAGCCGAAAAGUUGAGCUUCACCAGAGACAGAUUGAUGGAGUGCUUUUUUUGGUCGGUUGGAAUCAUCUUUGAACCUCAACACAGUCAUGUCAGGAAAGAGCUGACAAAAGUGGCUGCUCUAGUAACCACCAUUGAUGAUGUCUAUGAUGUUUAUGGUACUCUGGAUGAACUAGAGCUUUUUACUUCUGCUGUUGAAAGAUGGGAUAUCAAAGCUGUAGAAAUUCUUCCAGAUUACAUGAAGCUUUGUUUUCUAGCUCUUUAUAACACAGUGAAUAAGAUGAUUUAUGAAACUCUAAAGAAGCAAGGAGAAAAUGUCCUCCCUUAAGUCACAAAAGUGUGGGCUGAUUUGUGCAAAGCAUUUCUAAAGGAGACAACGUGGUGUUAUAACAAGCACACACCCACAUUUGAAGAAUAUAUUGACAAUGCAUGGAUAUCAGUCUCAGGGAUCACAAAGCAAGCACUUGAAUGCUUAGAGAAUCACCAUAGUCUCUUGCGUUGGCCAUCUCUUAUUUUCCGGCUUUCCAAUGAUUUGAGUACUUCGGCAGCAGAAGUGGAGAGAGGAGAAACUGCGAACUCAAUCUCAUGCAUGAUGCGUGGCAGUCUACAUAUUUCUGAGGAAUCUGCUCGUCAAUAUAUAAGUAAUUUGGUUGAAAAUAGUUGGAAGAAGCUGAACAAAGAUGGAGCUUCUGCUACUCCAUUUACUGAGCAGUUUGUAAAAGCAGCAAGAAACCUUGCUCGGAUUUCCCAAUGCAUAUACCAAUAUGGUGAUGGGCAUGGAGCUCCAGACACAAGAGCAAAGAAUCGAAUCCGAUCAGUGAUUAUCGAUCCCAUUUAAUGACAUAACACAGACAUCUAUAUAUACUGGAUGGUUAUUAGCCACUAACACAGUGGAAUUUAUAAUAGUUUCUUGUUUGAUUUUUCAUUAUGUAUUAGACAAACGUUUGUAUUUAAUCUAAAAGUCAU